AUGGGAAAGGACCGCGGCUUGAAACAGUUUUCCCUUCGCCCUAUCCCUACAAACCCUGGUAGGAAGUCCCUCUCCAGCUUUCCUGUAGGCCCCCCUUCAGACACAGAUAAUGUUGAACAGCUAUAUGAAUGUCCAAUGUGCAGUCUUACUUGUACAAACAUUCAGAUUCUUGAAGAACAUGUGGAUUUACACUUGGAACAAAGCUUUUCAGAUGGUGGAAGCAUAAGAGAUCUAGAACUGGCUCAGUGGCUUCAAAAUGAAGAAGAUAAAUGUCAGAGAUCAGAAGAAGAGAAGCGGGAGAGGGAAGAAUUUAAAAAGCUGCAGAGACAGUAUGGCUUGGAUAAUUCUGGAGGCUACAAGCAGCAAUUUCUAAAGAAUAUGGAAAAGGAAGUCAAUAGAGGAAGGAUGCAGCCUUUUGAAUAUCACAAGAGAAAAGCAGACAUGAUGGAAUGUUUGGCUUCUGGUAUAGAUGAUGGGAGAACAAAGACCUCAGGAGUCAUUGAAGCACUGUGCAAGUACUAUCAGAACGAAAACAAAGACGUGAGGCGUGUAUGGCUUUCCUCAGGAGUAGAUCACUUCCACUCAUCUUUGGGCGACAGAGGCUGGGGUUGCGGUUACAGGAAUUUCCAAAUGCUCCUUUCCUCACUGGUGCAAAACAGCUUGUAUAAUGACUGCUUGAGAGAUACUACACUAAUUCCUGGUAUACCAAAGAUUCAGUCCAUGAUUGAAGAUGCCUGGAAAGAAGGCUUCGAUCCUCAUGGAGCAUCUCACUUCAACAACAAAUUACGCGGUUCCAAAGCAUGGAUAGGAGCCUGUGAAAUUUAUUCACUGUUAACCAGCCUUAGGAUAAAGUGUCAAAUCAUUGACUUUCACAAACCAACUGGCCCCAUGGAUACGCACCCUCGUUUAUUCGAGUGGGUUUUCCGUUACUAUUCUACCGAUAAUGAAGGUGGUGCAAAGGUAGUGUGUACUUCCAAACCACCCAUCUACUUGCAACAUCAAGGUCAUAGUCGCACUGUUGUUGGAAUAGAAGAGAAAAAGAAUAGAAGCUUAUGUCUGCUACUGUUUGACCCGGGUUGUUCUUCCCAAGAAAUGCAGAAACUGCUAAAACCCAACAACGAUGGUAUUAAUAUCAGACUGCUUCGGAGAUUUGUGGGUAGCUUAAAAGAAAAGCAGUACCAAAUAGUGGCUGUAGAUGGUGUACUCUCAUUGGAGGAGAAAGCUGCUUGCUGCCGUGCUUCUCAAGUCUUAACAUCAGAGAAGAUUCCUUAA